GUCUCUUUCUCACCGUCCUGUUUUUAAUCCCUCUCCUUCCGUGUUCUCUUCUCGACCGCCUUGACGAACGAGGAAGCUAGGGCGAUCUUGAUCCCGUUCUCUCUCUUUCUUCGAUCGGACUGCGAUCGUCCGUCACGAAGAUUGAUCGUCCGAAAAGUUCGUUCGGUCUUGCAGUUUUUUAUUAUUUGUUUCUUAUCGUGCUAAUUUUUAUGAUCGGUAGGUUUUAUUUGUCGCAGUGCUUCAGGUUAUUCACGUUAUCUGCGAGAGUUGAUUCAGAUUUUAGGGUUUAUAGAUGAAACUGCCAUGAUUCGAGUUUCUUCUUAAAAAUUAGGUUAUAUAGGGAAUAUUAACUAUCUUGGUGUGAAUACAGGUGUUUCUGUGAAAAUAUUGAUUCUUUUUUAAAAUUUCUCGAAUCUUGCUUUUCUCUUUUACUGAGUUCUUUGAGUGUAUGUGAUUGAGCAUGUCCUAGAAAAAACAUGAAUGCUAAUGCUUGUGAUUUAGCUUGGAAAUAGGCCAUUUUAUAUAAUAUAUUUAUGCAUAUCUGUUGAUCCUAGAAUCAUGCAUGAAGUGCUUGUGAUUGAUUACUAGUUUAGCAUGCAUUGUUGGAGCUGGCAGUGGGUUGACUUCAUGACUGGAUUUUUUUUUGUUUUGACUUAUAUUGCGGAGAAACUCUACUCUUGCAUCACAAUGUAUCUGUUGGUAUAUGUCUCACUGCUUUGAUGAUGGUUUCUUUAAGGUGAAAUUUGUGUAUUUUAAUUGCACUCUCCAGGAUAUCCUGGUAGUGAUGAGAUGAGACGAGCCUUGCUUAAGAUAAUUUUACUCAAAACUUUGAAAAUCCCUAUCGCAUAAACCAAUUCUUUUUGUUAUUUCCUCUUUUCCUAUUAUAUUCUUGUACAGUGUUUCUCUAGGAAUUGUGGAAUUGUUAUGCAUUGAUGGGUGAUCGUUGAAUUUUUGAUGUUUAGUUAUCUUUGGUCGUAAGAAUGUUGUUGUUUUCACUGAAUAUGAUCGACUCAAUUGGUUUGAUUCAAGAAUUGUAGAUUGACUGGAGUAUUUCUAUAGAUUGGAAUGGUAGCCUGAUGAUCAGAAAUAUUUUGCAAGAACAUUUGGGGUUGUGUAUGCUCUCUCUGAUGAAGGAAGUUUCCAACUUCACUGACAUGGAAGCAGUAAAAGUAUGGAUAUGUAACUGAUUGGACAGGCAAGGAUAAAAGGACUACGACCCAAGCUGUUGGAAUAUUCUACAGCUUGAUAUGCGGUAGGUUUUUAUAGCUAAAACUUUGAACCAUUAGCAUAGUUCAACCAUUUUUACCUUUGCAGAGUUACCCUAUCCCCUGCUGGCUCAAAUAGUAGCUGGGAGUUGCAUUAUUCCCAAGCAAUAAGCUCUCUAGAUAUACCCAGCCUGCAGGAAUUUCCGACACCCAUAGUUGAAGAUUAUUCACACCCCAAAAGAGGAUUUUGAUGCUUUAUCUUAUUUUUGUUCCUUUUAUAGCGUAUAGCUUUCUAGAUGGCUAGUCUAUCAAGUAAUUCCUCUGUUCUCUCUAUUUCACUGAACUCAUUGAAACUUUUUGUGUAGUCAGUUUUUUGUGUAUUUUUUGUUGCCCAUAACAAAUUUAGUGCCAGCCUCUUGAAUCAAGUGUUCUUUUAAUGUGUGACUUAGCUAAUCCAGAAUAAGUACGCAUCACUUGUGCAAAAGUCAUGGCCUAAAUUAAGUUUAGAUGCCAUGAGUUUAAGCAGAAAUAGUUGUCACUUCCAUUUUGAGCAGAACUAGUUUUGCUUAUUGAGAUACUAAAACAGAGGGCUUAUUGAAUUCCUCUUGUUAUCCCUUUUAUGUCCAGAAGUUAAGAUUUCAUCUUCGGAUGUUAUGCCAGACUGAACAGUAAUAAAACUACUUUCAGUUUUCUAGUUUGUUGCGAUCAGUGGAUGUUGUUGAGAUUGACUAACAGUGUGUGUCCUGCUAAAAUAGUUUUCUUUUUGUCAUUAUCUCUCAUCACCUGAUUCAUACUUCUAAAGGACCUUAAAGACUUCUAAACAUUACUUCGCUCUUCCGAGAAAUAGAUACUGAUGCUCUAAAUGUACAACCAUAAGUAUAAACAUAUUAUAACUUUAGACUUGAGAAAACAACAAUAUUCAUGCUCUGUGGAACUAUUUUAAACUGCAUGCUAAGCCUCAGCUACAUGGAGAGUUGUUUGGAAAGUCAGUGCCUUCAUAAUAAUUGUAUACUGGAAUCAUGUCCAUCAUUUCGAGCGGACAAGUACAGAGAACGCGUGCAGGUUUUGCUGCCACAACGUUGUGGUGAUCAAGAUGCACAGGGUCAUCAAUUUGUCAGGUAGGAAAAGUUAGGCAUAUCUUCAGGGUCAUCAGCAAAAUGUUAGAAAUCGAGGUAAUCAAAAGGAAGAAGAAGGCAUCAAUGAUGGUUCCAUGUAAACCGUCUUGAUUGGAGAAAUGAAUGGUGUCUGGGUGAAAUUGAGAGAUGUAUGUCUAAUUUUAACAAUAAGAGAGGUUCUCUGAAGAUGAAGCUGGUGGAAGGCUGAGGUAGGUCCACCCUUUUAUUUUAACAUAUAAUUGUUUUCCUUCUUUUUUGCAUUUGAUGCUGUGAUGUAUCGUUUUUACCAGAAAUGGGGCGAAUCUGCUGCUGGUGCACACUUUUGUUUGAUUUGGUUUUCGGACUACUUCGAGCGAUAAAGUGAUUAUUAAUUAGUGGUUACUAUUUACAGCUGGAGAUUCGAUGGUCCCUCAGUGCAGCGUAAAUGUUGUUAGGUGGAUUAUUAUAGCUGUACUUGUUCUGAUGAAUCCAUCUCUUGGAGUUAUGCUGAUUGGAGCUGUUCAACAUGACUUGGAUUGUGUGCUUGAUGAUAUGAAUUGGUCACCGCAGAAUUCAAGAAACCAACAAUAUCAUGCAGUAUUUUCCUGGUUUAACUGGGACUUACUGCUUUAUCUAUUUAGAAUAAUUUUGCUGAAUGUCUUCAAAUAUGCAGGUGUUUCAAUUCUUGUAGUCACGCUAUCAUAGUUAACUUGGCAGUAAAAAAUUGAAACUAGAUGGAGGAUUUGGUCAAUAAUUUGGAGUCUCGUGUUUGCAACAUGCAUGGUUCAAACGGGCAAGACAAACAAUUGCAGACUGCCACUGCAUGCAAUGACUCACCUGGUAAAAAAUGCAUUCCCAGUGAAGAAAUGACAGAUGGUUUGGACUCUGCCGCUACUGAGAGAUUAGAAAAGGGACUCAUGCAGUAUGGAUGUCCACACUAUCGGCGAAGAUGCCGCAUUCGAGCUCCCUGCUGCAAUGAGAUUUUUGAUUGUCGACACUGCCACAAUGAGACAAAGAAUUUGAUUAAUGUUGAACAGAAGCACAGGCACGACCUUCCGCGUCAAGAAGUGCAACAGGUCAUAUGUUCACUGUGCAGCACUGAACAACAGGUUCGGCAAGUGUGCAUCAAUUGUGGUGUAUGUAUGGGGAAAUACUUCUGUGAGACUUGCAAAUUUUUUGAUGAUGAUACAUCAAAGGAGCAGUACCACUGCAGUGGUUGUGGAAUCUGCAGGAUUGGUGGGCAGGAAAAUUUCUUCCAUUGCUAUACAUGUGGUUGUUGCUAUUCGAUCAUAUUAAAGAAUAGCCAUCCAUGUGUGGAAGGAGCAAUGCAUCAUGAUUGCCCUGUGUGCUUUGAGUAUCUGUUUGAAUCGACAAAUGAUGUCAGUGUCUUGCCAUGUGGCCACACCAUUCAUGUUCACUGUUUGAAGGAAAUGCAGCAGCACUUGCAGUAUGCGUGUCCCCUCUGCUCCAAAUCUGUGUGUGAUAUGUCGAAAGUAUGGGAAAAAUUGGACAUUGAGAUAGCAGCCACUCCAAUGCCUGAAUCUUACCAUAACAAAAUGGUCCGCAUCCUGUGCAACGACUGUGGAACAACAUCACUUGUCCAAUUCCAUGUAGUUGCUCAAAAAUGCCUCAACUGCAAAUCUUACAAUACUCGCCAGACCUGAAGUCAGGACAUACCUCGGGUUUCAAAACUGGCUUUUUUCUACCAUGAGAGGAUUGCUUUGGAGCAAGUGAUUGAGCUGGUCGCUCUAAGGGGUGAGAACCUUCUUCAUUGCCCUUACCUUGCAUUUGCCCUCCGCCACAACGACGAGGAAGCAGCUUUCAUCACUUUGUACCUGGAAUAAGCGAGUAAAGUUCAGUUGUUGUUUGAUGGCUGAGGGUGCAAUACUAGGUUUUGGGCCCCUGGAUGUAGGCAUAUAGCCUACGCUGCUUAAAUAUAUCCCUACUGAAGCAUGUUGAAACCAAUAGUACUUGUUAUUUCUGGGUCUUGUGAUUCUUUUUAGUUUUAUCUAUUAGCAGCUUAGAAUAGUUUUCCUCGCUGGAGCACAAGCUCAUCUGGGUCAUGUACAAGUAGUUGAAGUCAGUUUGAAUGUCUUGACCUUUAGAUCAUCUAGGCUUUUUUAUGUACUGAUGCCAUACAACAGUAGCAGGCCCGUAGUGAAGCUUCAACAGGGAAAGAGGUGUUAAAACAUUCUUGUUUUUGUGCGUUUAGUAUGUUUAAGGUAUAGACAUUUUGACGGAGGUAAAGCUGGUAUUCUUGUAGUAUGUUUGUGAGGUGGCUGGCGAAAGUGAUAGCCGGAAAUACUGUACUAACGUGAUUAAGGAUUCUCUUGACGUUGGGUCCAGGAAUGACAUGCUGUUGCAACUGAUCAGUGUAGCCGUUGUAUUAUCUUAUAGUAUGAUUACUUAAUCAGUGGAU